UUUAGCGUUUCUUUUGAUGAUUGGCUUUGUACUUAUUUAAAGCAUAAAAUACUCUUGCCAUUGACUAGAGCAUUCAUCUAA